AAUACUUUCACAGACGAAAAUGAAGUAAUUUAGUGGUCAUAAACUAAUUAUUUGUAUGUGGUCAAAACAAAAUACCUUUGAAAUUCUGUUUAAGUACAAUUUAAUUAACAAAAGUUAUGCAAAUAUUAACCAUCCGAGAGAUGGCGUUGACAUCUAAUUCUUCUUCAUCAGUCAAGUAAUCGUGAUGGUGUCGUGAGUGAAGCAGUUUUCCAUCCAUCUCCUGAUGAAGAGAGGAUUAGGAAGCGAAGGCUUCUUCAUUUGUAUUUCUAUUGUAUUGUAGUGGUACUUCCAACUGGACCCAUCUUAUUGAUCGAAUGGUCUAGUUUGACCCGCAGUCAGUAAAAUGUUUGAAAAAUCGGUACAUUACUGCGAAAUUUACAGUAUUUAAUAUGCUUCCAUUAUCCUAAAUAAAUGAUACCGUAAUGCUGACACAGCAGCGGUGAACUGCAGUGUUCUGUAAACAUUGUUACAUUAUGACUGGCACAUAUGGAUAUUCUCUAAAUUAGUGAAAAAGCUUGUAAAAAUGGAAGCUUCGACUGACAACUGGGACCCAGCUCUUACUCGUCUUUUGGCUUCCCUGAAAGAAGUUCAGUCUGGAGGUGAAGACUUAGCCUUUCUCAGUGAACUCUUGCAAUCCAAACAACUGAAUGCUCUUGUUCAAGUGCAUAACAAAAUUGUUGCAAAAGGGAAAGAUGAUAAAUUUUACCCAUUGCUAUCAAAUGCUAUGCAAGUUACUUUAGAGGUGUUGGACCUUCUUGGUGAAAUGGUGGCCUCUUCUAAGGAGUAUGAAGAGUUGCUGGGUUUAUUACAAAAACCACAUUUUCAAGCAAUAUUAUGUACCCAUGAUGCCGUUGCGCAAAAGGAUUACUACCCACAUCUUCCAGACAUACCCCCUGAUGCUGAUGAAGAAGAGGAAACUGUUAAAAUAGUCCAACUCGUUAAAAGUGAUGAGCCAUUGGGUGGUGCUCAGAGUGCAGAGCCAAUAGUGGGGGCAACUAUAAAAACUGAUGAGGAAACCGGGAAGAUAGUGAUUGCUCGAGUGAUGCACGGAGGGGCUGCGGAUAGAUCUGGCCUCAUCCAUGCUGGUGACGAGGUCAUUGAAGUUAAUGGCAUCAGCGUGGAGAACAAAACGCCAGCUGACGUACUAGCUAUCUUGCAAAGCUCGGAAGGUACAAUAACAUUCAAAUUGGUCCCGUCAUUCGGAAAGGGUGGCUCCCGAGAAAGUAAAGUGAGAGUGCGCGCUUUAUUCAAUUACCACUCUUCUGAAGACCCGUACAUACCUUGCAAAGAAGCAGGGUUGAACUUUAGAAAAGGUGAUGUUUUACAUAUUGUUUCACAGGAUGAUGCUUAUUGGUGGCAGGCUCGCCGCGAGGGGGAUAAAGUAAUGAGGGCUGGAUUGAUACCGUCGAGGGCCCUGCAAGAGGGCCGAAUCAUUCAUGAGCGACAGUCUGAUCCCCAAACAAUGGACGGUAAACCAGCGCUUUGCAGUCCUUCCACUGCCAACUCGGAUUGCGCGCCCAAAACCCCGUGUUCACCCACACCGACCGCCACUGCACUCCUGCCAUGCAAGUCUACGCCGAAAGUGAAAAAGAUCAUAUACGAUAUUACAGAAAAUGACGAUUUCGAUCGCGAAAUGAUACCGACGUACGAGGAGGUAGCGCGACUGUAUCCCAGACCAGGGCUCGUCAGACCCAUUGUGCUGGUCGGUGCGCCGGGAGUUGGCAGGAAUGAAUUGCGGAGAAGACUCGUCGCCACCGACCCUGAAAAAUUCGUCACACCUGUGCCCUUUACUUCUCGUACAUUAAAACCAAGUGAACAGAAUGGCAAAGAAUAUGUUUUCGUCAGUCGCGAGAAAAUGGAACAAGAUAUUGCAGAUGGAAAAUUCAUAGAACAUGGUGAAUAUAAAGGCAAUCUAUAUGGCACCUCCGCAGAGAGCGUAGAGAGUAUCGUGAAUUCAGGGCGCGUGUGUGUCAUUAGUCCUCACUGGCAAGCGUUAAAGAUGCUUCGCACGCCUCGAUUGCGACCGUAUAUAGUCUUCAUCAAACCGCCUCCUUUAGAGAAAUUAACUGAAACAAGAACGGCUGCUAAUGCUCGUUCCACUUUUGACAAAGAGAGCUCUCGAGCUUUUACGGAAGAAGAAUUUUCGGAUAUAAUACGUUCAUCAAAUCGUAUUAAUUUCCUCUACGGAUAUAUGUUUGACGAAGAAAUUUUAAAUGAAGACUUGGCCAGUGCUCUUUCGCAGCUCAUGAAAGCAGCUUGGAAGGUGCAGUCCGAACCUCUCUGGGUGCCUGCGUCGUGGGUCCAGUAAGAUGUAUCUCUUUAUUUAUUUAUUUUUGAACCUUUAUUUGUACCAACAUACUAUUAUACUGAACUUAUUUACGUUUAUGUGAUAAGUGGGCAUGCCUUAAGAUAAUCGCCAAUUUUGCGAAUGAACGCUGAACGCACGAACCUUAUUAUUUUGCGGAAUAAACUCGUAUUGUACACGCGGCGUAAUAUGAUCUCGUUAGCUAUGUACCUGUUUAAGUUGUCAAUCUAGUCUAGCUGAAAUUAUUUAUAGGUAAAAUAUUUAGGUCCUUUUAUUAGUUCAAUUGUUUUAAAAUAAUGUCAAAACAAAUACUCUUCUUCCAAAGUAAAAAUAUAUUUUAUAAACUAGAAUCAGAGUUAUCAGAUUAAGUGCCUAAGUAUCCAUUCAAAAUGUAAUAAUAAAACAAUAACAAUAUAUCCUACACUCUAAAUCCAUGUAAUUAUAAGUAAUUUUAAUAUUAACUUAGGUAAUUAUUAUUUUUUGUUUUAAGCUAAAAUAAAUCAUAUACAAUAUACAUAGUAUAAUUUGAGGACGGUGCGGAAUAAUGGCAAAAGAGUAAACAGCGGUGCAUUGACUUAAACAUUCUUAAUACACUUAUUUUUAUUUAUUUUCUUAGAAAAUAAAUAAAAGAAAAGUUUCCUAUUACAUACAUUAUCAUAAUAAUUAUUCUUCUAUACGUUACAUACACAAUAUGUAUAUUGCAGCCAAUUGGUUCAAUUGGCUGCAAUAAUAAUAUCAUGACAAAUAAAAAGUUAAAAGGUGCAUAAUUGUUACUACUUAACAAAUAAAUAUUAUAGAAUUGUAAUUUUUAAACAUGCAUUACUUACACGUUGAAAUAACACAGAACGGUAGCCCUUUUAAAUAAAACACUGCUUGUUGUUUGUAGUGAUUCAGUCUUAACAUCGUUUUUAAUGUGUUUACGACUAACAUAUUAUUAUGAUUGAUUUACAUUCAAUUUACCGAAACGUUAAAUAAAUUAACUGAAACUCGAUGUGAGUGAUACAAUAAUUUAAUAUUUUGAAUUUAGACAUAAAGAUAACCCUGUAUAGAGCCUCCUCUAGAUAUAAUACAUAUAAAUUAUAUAAACGUUUAUUUAUAACAAGAGGAGGAACAUAAUUCAAAACAUUAUUAUCAUCAUCAUCAUCCUACAUGUCUAUAUGUUUAAAAAUAUUAAUAUUAACAUUGGGUAACAUCAAAAUAAUAAUAUUAGACAUCAAAACCAAGUUUAACUUAAUGUACUGCGAAUUUAUAAAAUGUAUUGUUGCUUGAUGCUAUAGAUAGACUAUUAAUGAUCGAAAUCGGCUUAAAGAACGAAAGUUUUAAUUGAGCGAAAUACAUCUAAAACUUAGUAUUUAUUUUACAAUCCAUAAAAUUCACACACAAUAAUUUCUACAAAAUAAAUGAUUCAUACAAAAUAGUUCUCAUAGUCGAACACUUCGUGCAGAAGUUUUAGAUAAUAUUGCUUUGAAAAGUUGGUUAUAGCUCAUAGCAAACUUAUCAACUCUGAAAUGGAUCAACACCAUAUCGCCUUUCGCGAACUAUCAUCGCAUUUCGCGCGCUGUCAAUCGCGAGGCGAGGCGUUUACGUUACGGUUACGGGGCGGAAGUAUGCGUUGCAGUAUGGAGUUUCAUACAAAGAAUACUGACCGACUCCAGUUGAUACGGUUACGAUCCCUUUCCGGGUUGAUAAAUGUGCAACGUCCUUAAUAAUCCUUGAUGUCUGAUUCUAUGCCGUGGGCAUCACACAAACCUCUUGAAACCUCCUGGCUGAUGUGCCUUCCGAAGCACAUAUUAUAUUUGCAUUUCAAUUUUUUCGGGCAGGGUAAGAUUGCUUCCCUUGUAAAAUAUUAUAAAGUGGUAUUUUGUUUAGUUGGUCCUUUAGUUAUACCACCAAUGGCGAUUCACAGAUUGGGUAGAGCACCUGUAUUAGAGAGCGGUUGUAUGCAUUUAUUACACUUAAGUAAUAAAAAUUAAAAUUAAAAUCUAAUGUAAAAAAUAUAUUAUGACUAGAUAUUUCCAAAGAUAUA